AGGAAGUUUGAACCGCUCUUCUAAACUUUGCAUGGUGUGUCUAACCUGCAUUAACUCCAAAUAAGAUGGUUCGCUAAAUAAAUACGAGUGAUAACGGCUGUCUUUGUUCAAGAGAAGAUUCCGUUGCGUCAUGCAGUCCAUCAACAAGUUUUUCUUUUUCCAGCCUGCCCUUUCUUCAGUGUCUGUGUCCGUUCCUCUCGGUAUUGGAUGUUCAGUUGUUUUGCUCAGUAGCUCUUUUGUUUCCCAAAGCGUCCCUCAGAUUGCUACAUGCCCGAGUGGAGACAGUACCCACCAGCACCUGCUUUAUAUCAAGACAGAGAGGGUUUACUUGCUAAGCACUGCAGACUGUGGAGAACUGCAUUCAAGUAGAAAUGGAUGGUUUGCCAGUAACAUACGGAAAACAACCCUGACCUUCAUUAUUCUUGUAUUUAAUUUCUCGAUGUGAAUUUCUGGAUGACGGUGAUACAUCCAGUUAAAUGAGGGGCUUCUCAUUAACACGUCUGUUGUAGGAGGCCUUUGUUGAGUGCAGAAACUUGAGACCAGCGAGGCUACCUGAGAACCAAAAAGAGAUGGCUCUCCGCAGGCCACCUGCACCCCUGAGGAGGGCUCCGGACUGGAGGAGAUCAGGAAGUGAGUCCUACUGGGACAGCUUGACGGCAGAGGAGGAGUUUUCGCCCAGAGCCUCUCAACCCCCGCGUGCAUCCCGGCCCCAGAGCGCCAUCGAAGGAGGACAGCUGGACAGCUGGCUGGAGCACCUGCAGAGAAUGCAGGGCGAAGUCCGAGCCCCCGGUCACGAUCAAUCAUUUAACGAUAGGACAGCGUCCACGCCUGUUCUCCACAGAGAGCUAACUGGACCAGCCUGGAGAAAAACGGCCUUCCAGUCUCCGAGCAGGGACUCAUCUUCAUGUGGUAGUUCCAGCCUGUUUGGGAGUUCGCUGGACAGCCAAGAGUCCUUCCAAACCGGACGCCUGUCCCCUCCAGAGCGCAGAGGAAGCCGGGAGAGAGUUCACAUCAUGCAGGCCCCGACCAAGGAAAAAACCCAGCUCAGUUAUCUCGCUCCAGUCAAAACUGGAUGGCUGCCAAUUCAGAGGAGAGUGAUGAUGGUCGGAGAUGCUCACAGCCAAAAACCAUUUUCUGACCACUCUGCUGGCCAAGUGAAACUGAAACAACCUAUAACUCCUGCUUUCCAGAAAAAUCAAGUUUCACCCUGGCCUCAAGAUGGAGAGGUGGAAAGAAGUUAUACCAGUCCAAGUUCUGUGUGUGUGAAUACGUGGCGGACGGCUGAUCAACACGCUCCUGACAAUAAUGAGGUGCCAGAAAAACCUAGCCUUUCUGCUAAUGAGGGGGAUGGAUCUGUCGGCUGGCGAGCUCUGAGGAGAGGCUGGAAGGCAGAGAGGGUUCCGGCUUUCCCCAGAGGCAAUAAGUUGAACGAGCCUCCUGCAGGGACCACCUCGGAUCUCAACAGGAAGUCCCAUCUGAUGAGAGCAACGGGCGCUGAGCCCAUCGAGCAUUUGCCUCUGUGUUGUACAACCUCUGCUGAUCCCUGCGGUCAUCCCAGCCAGCGGAAAGGAGCAAAUGACACAGAUGCAAACAAGUUACACACUUUUUUUCGUAGGACAAGCAGUCUUCAGCCUGUAAAGGCAACAGCUCCGCCGCAUUGGAAAGACAAUAGUAAAGAGUCAGCACACAUACUGUCGAGCUCCGGGGUGAAAACACUCAUCCCGCAGAACAAAGCCGGCUUCUCCUCAAUCACUAUCUCCUCCAGAAAAGUGUGCAGAUCAGCGAGUCUCCCCGGAUCCAAAACCACCGGUGCCUCUUCGCAGUCCAGCAAGUCUCCUUCUCCUCCCUUUGACCACCAACCCAUGGACCCGAACUCCGGUCAGGUAACAGUCCAAAGGAAGGCCACCAUAAUCAAGGUGACGGAGAAAAGGGUGAUAUCAAGCGUGAGCCCAAGUCCAAAUACAAGGCCGACAAGAACAUCACCGCUACCAAGCCAUUCUGUGGACACAGUGGUCCGCAGAAGAAAGGCCACCGUCAUCAAAGUGACGGAGCACAAGGAGAGCUACAAUCCCCCAAAAUUAGGCUCCAGGCAUCCAGAGUACAGACACAGCUACACAGAGGGGGUGUACAGGAAUAGCAGCAUAUGGAGUGAGGGAAAUCCUUCAGAACAGAAUGCAGUGAAUUCAUAUCGUUGUCUGAAUUCUGCACCAAACUCAGGUGUAGCACCAAAUACAUUCUCUUCUCAGACAGAUAAACAUGAUGCUCUGCACAGAUCCACACUGAACCUCUUUGUGAGCAACUCUCCUGUCCUGGCAGCACCCACUUCCUUAGAGGCUUCUGCAAAAGCUGUUGGGCAGCGAUUGGACAGGCUGCCCAGGCCACUGAGCUGUUAUGGCAAUUUCACCGGACACACUGAGCCCAGCAAGGCAAAUGUAACACAAACCCCUGCCAGAAAUUGGAACUCCGGGCUUCCUCGAGAGAGCCAUACCGUCUCUGUGAACUCUGACAGUGGUUUCAUCAGUCCUGGAAAAGCUGUGAAAGGAGCGGGUCAGCUGAUGACAGGCGCCCCGAAACCAACCAGAGACGAGAAGGAAAGAUUGCCUCCAUCAGAGGAUAAAACGCAGAGAGUAACCCCAAGUCUAACUCUCAUCAAAGCCCCAGAUCCCAACUCCCAUCAGUCACAAGAGGAGGUGCUUGCCCUCAAUGCAGCAGCGAUCAUAGCAAAUAUCAAACUCCAGAGACAACUUAGUAUGAAGAAAACAUCAAGUGGCAAUUCUGAGGAGGACGCUGCUGCAUCUCCCCAGGGAAAUACAGAGACAGAUGGCAGAAAAAAUUCAAAACCCAAUUCCAAGCUAACCGAGGGACAACACAACGAGCAGCCCCAUACUGCAUUUGUUCCACAGAGGCUGGACCACGAAAGGUCAGCGGAAACUAUAUCUCUUCAGCAAGCGCUGCAAAAGUCCAGACCAGAUUUCAUCAGUCGUUCCCAGGGCAGACUGCAAAAGCUGGAACAAAAAGCCCGGGAGAGGAGGGAGCGCUCAGGUACAGGGGACCAACAAGAGGGUACACUCAGGCAGAAGAGUGCCCGCAGCCCCCGGCCUACCUCUGUGAACGGUAACCAUUUUAGACCCAGAGGGGGAGACUUCCUGCAACCCAGAUCCAAACAUGCACAGGCAGAUCUGAAGAAGAAAAAUGAAGAGGAGAAGAAAAGGAAAGUCUGUUUGAGUAACAGACAGCGUGUAGAGCUUUUCAAAAAGCGCUGUGCCACCAUUCAGUGGGGCUGCGGACGGAGUGUGUGCCCGCACACAGCUGCUCCACCCACACCGCUGCUGGGGUUGAUAAGGCGAGCUUUAGGGGCCGUGCCAGAGGAUCCGGCAGAAAACAUUGGCACAGGUUCUGCAGAGAAGCAAGAACUGAACGUUUGGGAGAUGAAGAAGCCGAAGACGCUGGAAAAGCUUGCAGACUGUGAAGCAGACUGAAAAAGUCAACACACAGCGCUGCAUAGGAAUGAACACGUUUUCUCUUGUGUACUUGCUUCAGAUUCACCCCUAACAUCUGUUUCUUCUGAGGUAAAACCAUGCUAAUCUCUGAAAAACCCAGAAGAUCAAUUAACAUCACUUACUGCUAGUUUGAAGGUUUUUCCAGAACCUUCAAGACUCUUCUGCCCAUCUGGAUCAAAAAUACACAUUACUAUGCAAGAUGAAGACGUUUUCGAACACGUUUGCCCUAUUGAAUGAUUUUUGUGGAUCCAAAUUCCGGAAAAAAGACAUGCGGCCAAUUUUAUAGUAUGUCUACUUAUUAGAUCUAUGGUCGAGCCAUUUUCUUCUAACGUGUAAGCAGUUUGAAACACUUUGAUUUCCAUCGAACGUGACGCUGACUUCUAAAUCAGUAUUGAGCAGUUUGUUGUCUUGUUUCCAUCAGAUUGCACAUUACCUUUCUUUCCUGAUCACUGUCAUGCAGUGGGAUGCAGAACAACCUCUCACACAGUCACAUUCACAUGAUCUCAUGUGACGCCGGGCAAUGCAACAUUCAUUAUGCUUCACAGUUCCACCCGGUGCAGAUUCCGACCGUCACCCUCAUUAUGCGUCCAAUAAGCGGAGACAGAAGCCCGGAGUGCAACCGUUCAGCGCCAGCUCUCAGCUCUCGGAUGCAGGAAUGUGACCUCUCCUCGGCGUUAAUGGACAUUGCUAUUGAAUGAAGCCUUUGUCGCCGACGCUAUUUGGGGAUGGAUUCGGCCCCCACCGCUGCAAAUUUAGAUUUGUGUGUUUUGAUCCAAAGUGAGUGUGCUGAAAAGUGUGUGGAUGCAGCUCAAUAACACGCUGGAGCUGGGGGGGAUUAUCAGAGAUGUGUAAAUAUUUAUUUCUGGGACAAUGGGCCGCAGAGCCCGAGCUCUUUUCAUAACUCCUGAUUGUUCCUCUCUUGUUAGUCCACAGGUUUGAGGCCUGUCAUUUUCCACCUGCUUAAUUUGUCUUCAUUUUUCUGUUUAUGCAUUUGGCAGAUGCUUUCAUCCAGAGCGACUUAUAGUACAUACACAACCUUACUGGUGACAGGUAGAAAACUGAUGCGAGCCUCAUUUCACGUUAGUUCAUUUUCAUUUGUAGGUGUGUUUGGACAGCACAGCAUAUGUGCUAAGUGACAACACGUUUGGACACGAAAGCUAUUAAAAGACUCUCAUGAAACACGGCUUUGUUUGAGGAAACAAUUACUGUGUAGGCUCUAUAUUUUUCCGCGUUGAGCUGUCCUUUUCUAACAGUCUGUUUUAUUUUGCUGCUUGAUUGUGAUAAAUAAAGCAAA